UAGUUACUCAAUCGAGCUCAUUUCCGUAUUUACAAGCGGAGCGUGACGUCCGGAGUCUUGUAAAAAUACGGCUUCAAGGCGCAAAUUCGGGGCUUUUUUAAAAUUCACCACUCCGGGUGACCACCAUGAUAUCUUUUAAAGCUUUUCUCAACGAGAAACUGGCAGCGGUGGCGGAGGAGAUAUUCGGGGCCGUCGAAAAGACAAUAGACGAGUACAAAGAGGAAAUAUGCCGUAUGAAGGACCUGGAGAUAGGCCGCCUUAGGAUGCAGCUCAAGCUCAUCAAGACAGAUCCAUGCAUUGGAGUAGAGCUGCAGGAGCACACCCAUCACCACCAGCCUCCUCCUCCACCUCAGCAGCAGGAUGAAGCAGCAGCAGCAGCAGACAUGGAGGCCCCACACAGUGAGGAGGAAGCCAGUAGCAGCAGUUUGGAGCAUUUUAAUGAGCCUGCUCGGGUGAAGACGGAGCCCCAGAGGAACCACAAGGAGUUCUGGCUGGGCCACGGCUCAGAGGAGCAGCUGGAGGAUUUGGAGUCGGACAUUAAAGACUUCAUGUCCACCGCCUCCGGUGUGAAGAACAGUUUGCAGGACCUCCCGGCUCUGCCCUUCUAUUUGUACCACAACAGCAUGGGGGAGGAGGGCAAGGAGAAGCCCUACGGCUGCAGCGUUUGCGAGAAGCGCUUUGCCAACUGCUCCCACCUGGCCGCUCACAUCAGGACGCACACGGGCGAGAGGCCCUACAGGUGUGACAUAUGCAGGAAGAGCUUCGUCACCACCAGUGCCCUCAACAGACACCAGACCAUACACACCGAGGGCAAACACUACGUGUGCAUUUACUGCAGUAAAGCCUUUAAAUGGAUGGAGUCUCUUGGCAGGCAUGUGAGAAUUGCGCACAAGAGACAUAACGCCCCUGAAUGACCUCACAUUUAUUCAUUUAUCAUCAGUUUACAUGUGUACACAUUUGGGGGUUUAAGUAGGGGUUCGUGGACCUACGUGUCAGUAGUAAAAAGAACAAUGCAUCCAUUUUUGAUAUUGCUUGGCCCCAUUGGGUUGAUCUGUAAGGUGGGGCCUUCCCCCAGCUGACAUUUGGGGUGAAAGACAGGGUUAGAACGUGCAAACGUCACACACAAAUGUUCCAAUGGCGAUUUAAACUGUGAGGCUGGCGUGCUAACCCCUUGCCUACUGUGUGGCCUAAGCAUUGUGAUGAUAAUUCAUGCAUCCAUCCAUACCAGUGGUUCUUAAAUUUUUAAACAAGUACAACCUCAGAAAAAAACUUGACUCUCCAAGUACCACCAUAAUGACCAACAUUAAAAUACAGUAGAGUAGUAGACAUAAGGAGUCACAAUUUAAUUUAAUUUAAGAAGUAUAUGUGAAUGUUCUCUGUCUAUCUGUGUUGGCCCUGUGAUGAGGUGGCGACUUGUCCAGGGUGUACCCCGCCUUCCGCCCGAAUGCAGCUGAGAUAGGCUCCAGCACCCCCCGCGACCCCGAAAGGGACAAGCGGUAGAAAAUGGAUGGAUGGAUGGAUUUCAUAUUUUUGGCUGUUAACAUUACACACAGUUUUAACAGUAACACUGUAUUUGAAUAUAGGAAAAUCAAACUACUUUAAUCAAGUGAUUAUUUGGCAUAACAUGGUUUGAGAAUCACUGCUCUACACAACUGUAUACAAUACAAACAUGUCAUGCUGAUGUUCUGACCACUAUUCCACUGUGCUGCCCUGAUUGAUUGAAACUUUUAUUAGUAGAUUGCACAUUUCAGUACAUAUUCCGUACAAUUGACCAUUAAAUGGUAACACCUGCAUAAUUUUUUUAACCUGUUUAAGUCGGGGUCCACGUAAUCAAUUCGUGGUACAAAUAUCAUCAUAAUACAGUCACCACACAAGUUAAUCAUCAGAGUAUAUACAUUGAAUUAUUUACAUUAUUUACAUUCCGGGGGGUGGGAUGAGGAGGGUUUGGUUGAUAACAGUACUUCAGUCAUCAACAAUUGCAUCAUCAGAGAAAACAUAAUAUUUGUAAAGUCAAAUUUAAUGAUUAAAAUAAAAAAGUGGCAUUUAUUUAAAAAAAGAGUGUGUAUUGUUCCCCAGUAAUAGCUUACGCUUUUAAGAAGAAUAUGCCAUAAAUUGCUAUAUCAACAAGUGCAAACAAUUUGUUUUGAAAGUUUCCAGUCAAAAUAUGUACAUUUUUGAAGGGAUAAAAGGUGUGCAAUAAAAGUUGUAAUUAUAUACUCAUUGCGGUUGUUUACAUUUGUAUCGAGAUUAAAACCAAGUUAUGAUUAAGUUUGUUUUUUUAAUUUUUGCUUUUGCGUUGAUGGCAAUUUCAGCACAAUCCGGUAGGUGGCAGCAGCGGCACGUCGUUGACAAUCCGCAGUAUUUACUGAAAGAAGGAAUAAAUCAAUAUGAGCUUCACUUCCUGGAUCGCCGACUCCUUAGAAUCAAAUGGUUAAAAAUAGAAGUGAGGUAAGGUGACCCCUUAAUGGUUUGUUUUUGGUAAGAUAUGAAACAGCUGUAGUUUUACUUUCUUGUUAGGCCUAAACACUUAAGUAUGAGUCGUAGAAAUAACACUAAAGCUAUAGGCUCCCUCUGGCUGACAUGAAUAUAUUCAUUCUUCAUGUGGUAGCUAAUUGCAUUUAAUGCAGUACAUCAUUACAUUUAUUAAAAUCCCUCAUAAAUUGUAAGUGGAGUUUGUUUUAAAGGGAUUUUUGACCGUUAUUAUUAGUCAACUUUGACCUUAGUCAAUCUCCUUUUAAGGCAGGGGUGUCAAACUCAUUUUAGAUCGGGGGCCACACGGAGAAAAAUCUAAUCCAAUCCAAUCCACUUUAUUUGUAUACCAUAUUUAACAACAGAAAUGUUUCCAAAGUGCUGCACAACAAUAUUAAAAGCAAUAUUCAAAUAUUAUCCUUAGCUCCACCAAUGACUGAAUAAAAAACAAAAAAAUAAAUAAAUAUAAAAACAAUAUAAAAAUAAAUAUGAUUAAAAACUAUUUUAAAAGGUAAAACCAAUUAAAACAAUAAAUAGAAAUCAACAUUUUUAAAACCACAGAGGACCACACAACUCGCGUAGUGUUAAAAGCCAAAUAAUAAAAGUGGGUCUUAAGACGAGACUUAAAACACUCCACUGUGGGAGCAGUUCAAACAUGGAGGGGCAGAGUGUUCCAGAGUUUAGGGCCCUAAGCUACUCCCCAGUGGGCCGGACUGGUAAAAUCACGGCAAGAUAACUUAAAAAUAAAAACAACUUCAGAUUGUU